CCCGCCCGGCGCACGGCGCGUCACGGCGGGGCUGGCGGGGCCGGCGGGCGCUGGGUUCGCUCCGCUCCGCGCCGCUCCGCGCCCGCCAUGGCGGCCCGUGGCCCCCGGGCCCUGAUCGCCCUCGGCCUGGCCCUGGCCCUCGCUGCCGCUGCCGCUGCCGCCGCCGUCGCCGCCGACCCCGACCCCGACCCCUUCUCGCCGCAGCUCGGAGACACCGCCGGGUGCCGCGGGCAGUGCGGCCGCAGCCUGCCGCGCCGGGCCGCUGCCGAUGCUGUUCUCAACGCCUGUUACCGCGGCUGCCGGCUGCUCUCCAUCUGUCACUUCGUGGAUGCGAGCGCAGAGCUGAACACGACCAGAGCCGAGUGCGAGGCAGCAUGCGCUGAAGCCUACAGCAAGGCGGAGGAGCAGCUUGGCUGCGUGACUGGGUGCCGCAAGCAGCUGCCCGAGGUGGAGAGCAGGAAGGAGAAGAGCCUGGAGCUGCAGGAGACGUCGUUCUCCAUGUUUGAUUUGGUAUCCACCUUCUGCAACGACAUUGUCAGCUCUGCCCAGAGCUUCAUCUCCUCCACUUGGACCUUCUACCUGCAGGCAGACGAUGGCAAAGUUGUGGUGUUUCAGUCCCAGCCCCAGAUGGAGUAUCCACUACAUGAGGCUCCAGAGGCCCAGCUGGCGCAGGCAGCACCGGGGGCCAGCCCCCGUGUCCCCCAGCCCCACACAGGCCCCCGGGGGAAAGGGGAGAAGCCCCCCAAGAAGGAGCCACGGGGCAAAGCCAAGGCACAGCACCCGGACCCCCCCCAGCCGGAGCACGACUUCCUGGGCUGCAUGGCCAAGCGCUCAGGCCUUCCUCGCUGGAUCCUGGCUGCCUGCCUCUUCCUCUCCAUCGUGGUGAUGCUGUGGCUGAGCUGUGCCAGCCUGGUGACUGCCCCCGAGCAGCACGUCAAGACCCAGCCUCUGAGCAUCAACGGGGACAAGGAGUACCUGGAGGACCUGGACGGCCCCAGCCCCUUCCCCCUGCCGCCUGUCAUCGCUGUCACCCUGUGCCCCGCACACGGCAGCGAGGACGCAGGACCACUGCCCCUCAAAGUCGACCUGGACAAGACCAUCCUGUAGUGUUCCCACCCCUUCCCAUCACCUCCCUGUCACCUCCCUGUCACCUUGGUCCUGCUCCACUGCCCCGUGUCCCCAGCUCCUGGAGGGACAUCUCUGGCUCUGGAGUGCUGGGGCCCAGGGGUGCAAUGUGGCUCCCAAGGGAUGGCCACUGUGGAGGAGGCUCCCACGAGCUGGGCAGCAGCUUUGCCUCCCCAGUGGAUGUGUUGUUUGCUGGGGCCCUGGUUUCCAGCACUCAAGAGCCAAGAGAGGAGCUGCCAGAGUGGGGAGGCUGGGGGGAGCCCAUUCCCGGUCUGUCUGCUCCCGACCGGAGCCCCCCGGGGCCCCGCAGCCCUCCGGGCAUGGGUCCAGCGCUGGGCAGGAGGGAGCUGGCUGCGGUGGGGGAUGGAGAAUGUCUGCAGAGUUCUGGGCUUUGGCUCGGCACAUCCGCGGCCUCCCACCUUGGGCUGAGCCUCCAAGGCGCCGGCUCCGGCCCUGGGAGCUCCCUUCCGCCGCCGGAGCCAUUGCCUCGGGGAGCCGAAACGUGGCGAAUGGAUUUGGCGUUGGCAGCCGGAGUGAGAAGAGGAUCUGGCUGCCUCCAUGCCCACACUAGGACCCAGCCGGCCCCUUCCCGGGGCUGUGGAGAGGCGCCGGGGUAGCUCCUUGCUCUCCCUGCUCCAUUGUGCCCUUGGGGUGCCUCGCACCGGUGCCGAUGGGUUGCUGGUGGGGUGGAGCAGGGAAUGAGGCAGCGUUUCCCUGCCCUGUGCUGCUGCUGCGGUGUGUCCAGGCUUGGGCAGGAGGUGAUAGCUGCUGGGACACCUCCAGCCUGGACUCAGCAUCUCUGCCCGGUGCCGGCAGCAGCUCAGCCUGAGGGGCUGUAGCUGAUGGCAGGACUCGGCAGCAUCCAGCCUCCGGGUCUCCAGGCUGCCAGCGCUGCCCUGGGAGCAGGGGCCAGCCCCGGGGUCUCCCAGCCAAGACCCCCUCGGCUGUCCCCAGCACACCUUCUCGGCACAGGGGUGUCCCUUCCCUCCCUCCCCCUGCUCCCUGGGGCUCUGCUGCUGCCGCCGGGCUCGGUGUGAGCCGGGGCAGCUCCCCACCGUUCUCCAUCACCUGACUGUGCAUCGUUUCGUGGUUUGAUUUGCACUGGCAUGUGGCCCCUCGGCCCGCGGCGCCCGGCGGGGACACCCCUGCCCCCCGGGGGCGGUCCCCACCAUCCCCAUGUCCCCCUAACACAUCUGUACAGUUUAACUUAUUACCCGCGACUCCCUCCCUGGGUUUUUGGGCUCUCUUCGUGUGCCAGACACUCCCCAGCGCUGAGCGGUCUCUGGGGGGCCAUGGCACGGUGGGGCAGGGGGCUCUUGUCCCCAUCCCUGCCACUUCCGUGCUGCUCCGUUUCACUUUCACCCGUGCAACAUAUCUGGCGUUGGGGAACUGGGGUGGGGAGGGGGUGAGGGGUCUCGUGUCUCUUCUGGGGUGCACAUUUCGUUGUCGCUUUUUGGCCGCUCGGCUCAGUGUAAAGCUUGGGGGGGUCUGGGAUGUUGUCCCUGGCCGUGGUGGCUCUCUGCAUCCCUGGAGUGUGACCAGGCCACGAACUCGGGGCAAAGGGUGUCCAUGGAGCCCUCCCCAGCUUCGUUUCCAAAGGGCAAACCCAGCCCCAGGCUGGCUGGGCGGGGUGGGUGGAGGGGAAAUAAAAGGUUUGUACCGGA